AUGAGAGAUCAUAUGGCCCCAAUAACCCCAAUGAGUCAGCAAUAUUUUGAUAGAUCUUCCACAGAGCAAAUGUCGAAGGACCAGAGAGUAGACCCCCUGACCAUAGGUCGGUUAGUACCACAGCAACAAAACAAGGGAGAGCUUAUACCGAAAGAAAGCCCUGGACAGUACGUGGCGAGGAUGUCUCAUCAACAUGGCCACGAGGUUCUCCCGCCCGCCUCUACACCACCAGAAAAAUCAAUAUUAGCUCUCACCGAGGUCAAAAUGGGCUUCACUCACUACGCCGGCGACGCCUCCAAGUUCCCCCCCAAGAACCAAUGGAAGUCCUUCGACGAGAUCUUCAGCGCCAACAAGGCCGAGAUGGGCAAGACCGGUGACACCCCCAGCGACAUCGACCACAUCUACGCCGCCGUCAAGGAAUGCGCCAAGAUCGGUGUUGAGGAGCGCGUCAUCUUCGCCAUCAUCAUGCAGGAGAGCACCGGCAACGUCGGUGUCCGCACCACCGUCAACGCCGACGGCCACGGCACCGCCGGGCUCAUGCAGUGUGACGGCAGCCCCGGCUUCCCCGGCCGCCACGGUCUAUCCCAGGACGAAAUCACCUCGAUGGUGCGCGCAGGCACCAACCACUUCAAGGGCAACCUGAAGGACUUCGGCAACACCGACACCGCCGAGUGCAUCUACAAGGCCCUGCGCGAGUACAACUCCGGCUCCGUCAACGAGCACGACCUCAGCGACGGCCGCGGCGCCACCCCCGCCUACGUCUCCGACGUCGCCAACCGUCUUCUCGGCCGCACCAACUAA